AAGCGUUUUUCAUAUUCGAGACAGAACAUGAAGUGCCGGAAGAAUUCCAAACGUCACCGUUAAUGGAAGCAGUGGACGAAACCAAACCGGGUGAAGAGCCUCCGUAUCUGGAUAUCGGAGAGUCCAAGAAUCAAUCUACUGCUUUGGAUUCAUCAAAAUCGGCAACACCAUCGUUGUCGUCACCGACAGGUAAUGGGGUUUUACAAAGGAGAGGGAUCUUGAAUAGCAGUAGUAGUAGCGGUGGUGGAUUGAAUGAACUCUUUUGUUGUCCCAUCAGAACAAAGUUCAACAAAAGACGACGACGAUAAGGAUGAAUUUGACGAGGAUGAAGAAGACGAGCAACAACGACAACAGACACCAAGCAUCGACACGAGCACGGGUGGUGGUGACAUUCACAAACUACGAGUACCGGCCGAGCUACAAUCACCAAAGAUGAUUAUUGAAGAACAAAUGGAUAAAGUCGUUACCAAAGUGGAUCCAUACCGAAAACAUCAUCGGCUAGAAGAAAUGACCGACAAACUUGCAUUACAUCAGCAUGAUGAUGACGCUAAUGACAGCAAUUCACCUCACGGGAACGAACAAGUACCAGCAAAACACGACACAUACCCACUCGACGAUGGAUCCACACUCCUUGAACGUGUAGUUCCGGCCGAAGCAGUUACAUCGACAACGAUUGCGCGGGAAACGUUCAUUGUCCGACCUGCUCAUGGCGAUAUCCAGAGCACGUGGUUAGAUGUCACGCAUACGUCAAUGCAGGAUGGUUUGGCUGAUAUGGUCAAAGGGGGUGGGGCUGCUGCUGCUGCUAGUGGUGGUGACCAUCAACAUCAGCAGCAACAUAAGAAUGCAGAACACGAAUCGAUUGUGUUGGAUAUUGCAGGCUACAAAACUCAACAGCAAGAAAAGAACGAUCACGGCAAUCACUCGAUCCUUGACAAUAUUGAGCAAGCCAAGCAGGAGGCGUUGGAAGCGGCUAAAAAUCAUCAGCAAAAACAUGGGAACUUUGACAGCGACCUUGCAAAAGAAGAACAACAACAUGCGUUUGUCAGUUCUCCUAGACCUAUUGAUGAUGAUGACGAUGAUGUAAAGGAUGGCAACGACCACGACCCCACCCACGACGAAAAGAAAGACGAGAAAGAGGUUUCAAAAGAAAAGACAACCAAUGGAUGGGGCUGGGGCACCACGCGCACAACGGCCUCAACGACGAUGGAUAGUAUGACACAACAACAACAACAACAACAGCAACAGCAACAGCAACAGCAACAGCAACAGCAACAGCAACAGCAACAGCAGGCAGUAGUGGGCACCAAAAAGCUGCAAAUGGAGCCAGGUGCAGUGUAUCGUGUCGAACUAAGCUUAUGCGGUUUAACGACGUUUGGCGCCCAAGAAAAUGAAAACGCUAAAGUGUUCAACCAACAUCAAAUCACAUACGAUACGUUUGUCCAUACCCCGAAUUUGCUCAACGACCAGCGGUUGGUGUUCCGCUAUGAAGGACGCUAUUAUGCCGCAGGGCGCACGGGUCCGCUUUUCACGUCGCUGUUUCUGUUCCACGAACCCCUGGCCAAUACGGAGCAUCAAAAUGACCAGCAACAGGUUCAACAGGACCAACAGGCAGAUAGUCGCGAAUCGUACUUGUUUGGUCGCGGAUGGCGGCAAUGGUGGAGUCGAUCUUCUGUUACUGGGCCAUCCGGGUCGUUGCCUGGCAACGAUAACAACAACAACACCGUGACAACGGGCGACGAGGAACACCAGAAAACAGCAACAACAACAACACGACUCACAACGACUACGACAACAACAUCAGUGGGUUGGUCGGCAGAACAAGGCCAUCCAGACGAACAGCACGGUAACACCGACCAAAGCAACAACAACAAGAACAACCGCGACCAAGCAUUUGUGGCACCCCACAAGAACUACGCAAAGACGCUGCGACUGACAUCAGACCAACUCAAAAGCCUUGGACUCAAAAAGGGUGCCAACACUGUGACAUUUUCUGUCACGACAGCGUAUCAAGGCACUGCAACAUGCAUGGCACAAAUCUUUUACUGGGACUAUGACAUUCAGAUUGUGAUAUCCGACAUUGACGGCACGAUCACCAAAUCCGACGCAUUGGGACACGUGUUUAAUUUCAUUGGCAAGGACUGGACGCACACGGGGGUAGCGAAAUUGUAUACAGACAUUGUCAACAACGGAUACCAUGUCAUGUACUUGACCAGUCGAGCGAUUGGCCAAGCCGACACGACGCGCGACUACUUGAAGCGCGUUGAACAAGGGAAGCAUCAGCUGCCGGCAGGUCCUGUGAUUAUGUCGCCUGACCGAUUGUUUACAUCGUUCCAUCGCGAGGUGAUUAUGCGCAAACCCGAGGUGUUCAAAAUGGCCUGCCUGCGAGAUAUCCAGCGCCUGUUUGGUGGCCACAAUCCAUUCUAUGCUGGAUUUGGCAACCGUAUCACCGACGCGAUCUCGUAUCGUAGUGUGGAUGUGCCGGCUUCGCGGAUCUUUACGAUCGCGCCCAAUGGUGACGUCAAGUUGGAACUGUUGUUGGGGUUUUUGUCGUCGUAUCUCCACUUGAACGAUCUGGUCGACCAGAUCUUCCCGCCGAUCAAUAAGGCGAUUGGCGAAGCGUUUAGUGAUUGGAAUUUUUGGAAACAGCCGUUGCCGCAAGUCGAUAUUCCAGAAUUGAUAGAGGAGGAUAUCAAGAAUCGACCACCGCCCACAUCGCCCAAGCCAGUGCCGAUCAAACCUGACCCAACUUCUGCGUUGCCCAGUGAGGCGGUCGUUGAAUCAGAAGCACAGAAACAGCGACAGCAGCGCGGUAUCCUCCGAAGCUUUACCUCACGAUCCUCAUCAUCAAGUACUACAACUACAACAACAACAACAACAACAACAACAACACCAGCAACACCAAGCACGAGCGAUUCGACUGUGGGCAGAUUAGGAGAGCGGCACUAUUCCACUUCGACGCCAUCGUUGAUUAUAACUCCACGCAGUGGUCGUACGAGUCCUACAGAAAGCGUUCGCUCUGCUUCACCCACGCCAGCAACAGCACGGAGACAAGAAGCACACGAUAAUGUGACGGGCGAUGAAAAAGCAGGUGUUGCGGCAAUGCCACAUCAUGCGUCUUAUCAUCUCCACUCUGCAGAUGAUUUGUUGACAGCACAGCAACAGCAACAACAACACUUGGCACCGGCACCCUCGACUUCAUCUUCUGCAAGUCUGAUGAAUAAAAUGACGACAGGGUUUGGCGGUGUGUUAACGCGCACAUUUGCACCUCGCAAGUCGUCGUUGUCUGAAGAAUUGCUAGAGCAUCCGUCCACAUUGUCUAGGACGGGGAGCAAGGAUGAAGAACAGACGUUUGACUUGGAGGAGGAGGAGGAAGAAGAACUCGAUUUGGACAGCAUUCCUUUCAUAUAAAUACUAGUAAUCAUACCCUUUUAACUUUUCCACUCAAUUGUAAACCAACCCCAUACAGCCCAUACAUAUACAAGUUACAUACACACACACACACACACACACACACCUAUAAGCAUCAUCAUCAUCCUUUAAACACCUUCAUUUGUAGAACCCUCUUUUUCUCUCUCUCUUUUGGCAUAUUCACAUAGCCAU